AAACUGAAGCACAACAAACACAGAAGAAGCUGCGUGCUUCACACGUGUGAUAACAACAUGGGGAAGCGGCGGCAGAAAAAGCAGCUUUUCACGAAUUUGUCCAAAAAACAGAAGAAACAUCUGAAGGAGUUUGGAGAGGAGCACCCGUUUCACGAUGUUGUGAAUGAAAGACCUGAAAGGACCCAGAUUGUGGACCUGCCAUCAAGCCCAGAACAGUCCGACUCAGAACCUGACAUCAGGGAUGGAGAAGAAGAGGAAGAACCAGAGCAACAAACGGCCUAUCAGAAGCUUCUUUCAACCCUUGGUGAACCCACCGCCAAUCGCCAGAACCAAGAGGAUGAAAGCAGUGAUGAGGAGGAGGAGGAGGAGCUACUCUUUGAAAGCGAUGAAGAGGGCAGCAAUGAAGCUGAGGACGAAGGAGAACAUGGAGAAGAGGAGGCGGGAGAUAAAGAGGAGGGGGCUGAUGGAGAGGAGCAGGCUGCUGAGCAGGAGGAGGUGGCAGGAGAUAAAGAGUUUGUUGACAAGGAGCAUGAAUCUGCAUUCUGUCUGGAGACAAACUUCAUGGAAAAAGGAGAAACGGAUGAAAACUCUGCACAACUGAAGACCAGUAAAGACAUGUUUUUAGACCACCUGGAAACAGAGCUUACUGAAGAGGAUGUGUGUAAAAUCACCUCUGGCUGCAAAUCCAAAUCUCAGAUCACGUGGCCAAAAUUGGGAAAUCUUUUGUGCACCAAUCCUGUUGAGCGAUUCGGCCCCAUCGGUCCUCAUAAAGACACAAACCUAAGUGAUUUCCAUAAGCUUUUGGAGAGCAGCUGGAAGGGUCUGAACCAGUCGGUCAACCCUAAAGGACAGGCUGAGGAGAUCAGCCCUCUGCAGCUGGAGCUGCUGGCCCUCAUGAUGUCUUAUAAGGACCUGUACCACCCAGAUAUAUGCCCUGUAAAGCAGGGUCCAUAUGUAUGCAGUGCUUACUGCCUCCAUGUGCUCAACCACGUCCUGAAGGCUAACUCCAGAGUGCUGGCCCAUAACAGUCAGCUGAGAGAGCGGAAGACACAGACUAAACCUGGAGCUGAGCCACAAGACGAACCCAGAGACCAGGGACUGACCAGGCCAAAGGUUCUGAUUCUGGUUCCCAUUCGGGGACGCGCUCUACAAGUGGUCCACACUCUGGUCAGCCUGCUGGAGACCAAAGGCAAGAAGAUCAUGGUGAGCAACAAGAAGAAGUUCAAGGAGGAGUUUGGAGAGGCAGAGGAGGAGAAACCAGCGAACCUGCUCAGACCUGAUGAUUACCACGCCAUCUUCUCAGGGAACGUUGACGAUCACUUCAGGAUAGGUGUGUCUAUAGUGAGGGGCAAUGUGCGUCUGUACGCCCCCUUCUACUCCUCAGACAUCAUCAUUGCGUCUCCGCUUGGCCUUCGAACGGUGCUGGGGGCUAAAGGGGAGAGUAAGAGGGACUAUGACUUCCUGUCGUCCAUCGAGCUGCUGGUCCUGGAUCAGACUGAUGUCUUCCUCAUGCAGAACUGGGAGCAUGUGUUGCAUGUGAUGAAACACAUGAACCUUCAGCCGCUGGACUCCCAUGGAGUGGACUUUUCCAGAGUGAGGAUGUGGAACCUGAACAACUGGGCUAGACACUACAGACAGACGCUGGUGUUCAGCUCCAUCCAGGAUCCACAGAUCAACAACAUCCUCACUAAACACUGUGCCAACUACAGAGGACAGGUUACCAUAAAAAAUAUGCCAAAAACAGGCUCCAUAUGCCAGGUGUUGGUUCAGCUGCCUCAUGUUUUCCAAAUGUUUUCAUCUGAAAGCUUCAUGGAUCAAGAUGCAAGGUUUCAGUUCUUCAUUGAUAAAGUGCUGCCUCAGUACAGGGACUCUGUCAUGUCCCACACUUUGAUUUACAUCCCAUCCUACUUUGACUAUGUCCGCCUGCGAAACCACAUGAAGAAAGAGGAGAUCAACUUUACCUCCGUCUGCGAGUAUUCCAGCAAAUCGGAGGUUUCUCGAGCCAGGCAUUUUUUCCUGAAAGGUGAAAAGCAGUUCCUGCUUUUCACCGAGCGCUUCCACUUCUACAAGCGGUAUACCAUCAAGGGCAUCAAGAACCUGAUCUUUUAUGGACUCCCCACCUUCCCUCACUUCUACAGCGAAGUGUGCAACAUGCUGGCAGCAGGAGGUCAGGGGGAGGAGGCCAGCUGGACAUGCACCGCCCUCUACUCCCGCUACGAUGCCCAUAAGCUAGCUGCCAUCUCCGGAGCCCAGCGAGCCGGACAGAUGCUGCACUCCAACAAAAACGUUCACCUUUUUAUCACUGGAGCCGAGGACAAAGUCUGAACAGAUAGCAGUGCAUUAAAUGUGCUUAUUAAACUGUAAUUUUAGUUAAACAUUGUGACUCGUUAACCUCUGAUAGCAAGUAUUUAUUGUUUUAUUGGAUUUGUUGAUGUGUUGCUGAAGGGACCAUUAAAACAUAUGUUCUAAAAACAUAA